CAGCUGUGCAAAUUCACGUGAUCUUUGUUUUUGUUCAAGGUUUCAAUUUGCAACUCUUACACUGUGGUAGUUUGAUUAGACUAACUAUGGUGUUAAAAUCUGUAUUACUUUUUAUUUUAAAUGAGCUUACUAAACUAACUAAAAUUUAAUUUAUUCAAUUUCAAUUUUUAAUUAUGUCAACUAUAUUGUGUAUGAAAUGUUUGUCCAGUUAUUUAAUUUAUUGACCGUCCAUUAUUGUUUUAUAUUUUCUGUAUUGUUUCUGCUUGUUAUUAUCAUCUCGCUUCUCUUUUGUACUUUUUCUACUACCUUGUUAAUUUUAAUUGCUGUGCUUAUUUAUUGUGGCUAUAAAUUAUCUUCUUGGAUCUCAAGUUUAAAUGAAAAAGAUCCAGUUGCACCAUAUGAUUGGUUCGAUGAAUUGGCUCAUCGUAAAGCUAUUGGCUUAAUAAAUAACGCUCUUGAUCUGAGUAAUGUGGAACAUUGUGGUCAAGAAAUCUCGCUUGAAAAUGAAACCUUCAAGAUCAGUGAAAAUCUGUGUGCAGAUUACAUCGUACCUUGGUGUACUACAAUUAGUCCAGAGUCUUCCUUCCCAGCUGAUGCUGAAAGAGCUAUAUUUGAAUUAAUCCAUGCAAUUUUACGAAGGUUGACAGUAAUUGAUACAAUCGAACUUUUUAAAGAUGUCUUAAUCUGGUUUCAACUGAUGUGCUUACCUGAAACGCGUGAUAAAUUGAUUCUCAGCAACGAGGAAAUGAACGUUUUCUUACAAGUUAGUUCAGAAAAAGUCUUGAAAUCCUGUUCGCCAACCUUCAGUGCCUUGAUUGAUGGAAGAGACAAAUCUGAAGGAUCCAAUGACCCAUUGGUAUCAAUGAUAUACAAUUUAACCAGCAGUGCGGCUAUAAUUCCUAUAUUCGAUCUCAUAUCUGAUCCUGAAUUUUUGAAUCAAUGUAUUGCUAGAUUGUUCAGCAUAAAAUUUCGAGAUGAUGCACCAGUCAAGCCUGAAGAGAUUCAAAAUUAUCUCCAAAAUUCGCCAGAGCCGUUAUUAAUGCCACCCAAAUAUCUGAUUGAUGGUACAGCAAGAAGCAUCAGCGUUGAUGCUAAGCUUUUGAAAGAAAAUAAUCUCGAUUCACCAACUGAAUUGCUCGGAAAUCGAUUCAAAAUACAUAAAAGAAGUCUCAGUCAACCUGGCAGUAUUGAGCAGCCCGAGAUAACUGAAAUUGUUGAUAUGCAGCUGCAAAGUUCUCAACGACCCAUGGAUUCAUUGCCCUGUGAAACAGGAAUAGAUCUGGAUUCACUACCUAACCCAAGCUCCAGAGUAUUCAGAAACAUUCGUAUCGACAAAUGGGAAUUGGUUAAAAAAUCAAGAGAGUUGUACGUUGUUUACAUAAUUGAUGUGGAUGCACUAUAUGAAGAAGUUCAUCCCGAGAAAAUUUACAAAUCGACAUCUGAAGAAGAUACUCGUGAAGAGUGUAUUGUUUCUUCAUUAAUAUGGAAAAAAUUAACUAUAAAACAUCGAUUCCGAGAAUUUGUUGAUCUUCAAGUAAAACUGGAGAACCAUACACGACUUCGUGGGACACUUCGAGCAAUGAACAAAACUGUGAUUAAACCAUCUACAUUGAAGUUGUAUUUAAUGUCUCUCAAUCCACUUCGCUCUAGUGUCUCUAAUAAGGGAGUCAUUGAACACCGUCGAAAGUGUUUGGAGAAAUAUCUCAAUGAAUUAUCUAAAUUUGAAAGAAUUUCAAGAUCUCGUGAGUUUCGCGAUUUCUUGGGCUAUAAAGAAGAACGUUCUAGUUUCUUACGAAGUCCAAGUCAAUCAAUUCUAGUUCCACUCGGUAUCGAUAAGGUAUACCGGAAUGUCCGUGAUGCUAUCACUUUUCUGAAGCCUACCAAUCCUACAGAAGGAACUUUUGCUCCUGGUCCAACUCUGGUCAUAUCAGACUCUCCAUUAACUUGUCUUAAACUGACCAAAAUUUCUCACAAUAAGCCUUCUAAGAUCUUGAAACUAAUCAACGAACCUCGUUUUAUUCAAAGUUUGAUACAGUCGAUUGAUACAAAAAAGGAGAUUAGCAACAGUAAUAAUUCGGUCCCUGAUUUUUCUUUUCUCAAUUUGGGCAAAAGAUCUCAAGGCGAUGGAUGUGACGACUCACCAGAACAUUCACAAUGUAAACAAAGAUCUGUCAAAAUUCCGUUGGUUGAAUCAUUAAUCAAUAUUAUCCAAACUAUCAUUCCAUUAUCAACAACCUCAUGGUUUACUUUAAUUCUGCUAACAAUUAAGGUCUAUUUAGGCUCUACUUUAGAAAGAUUACUCGGAGCGCUAAUUAUGCGCAUUUGUUGUACGGAAACUUUCGCUUACCUUUUACAUACUUUCCAUGAGUCCAUUUGGGAAGAUGACGAUAAAGAUGAAUUGGUUAAACAUGAACUUCCAUCAGCCUCCCAUUUAGUAGACCAGUUGGUCAAUAUGUUACGAAACAAACCAUUGUUAAAUUACGUACCAAUUACACACCUUGAACAAUCAGUCCAAUCAAUGUUCAACACUUUCCAAAGCAAGGAUCAUAACAAAAUGUUUAUUCUCUUGGUUCUUUCUUCUCUCCUGAAAAGAUCUCAAAUUUAUUAAAUGCAAUUAGAUCUGAAAAAAUAUACUCAAUAUUGUUUUCGCGAUUUCUCUUUAAAUAAUUGUAAAGCAUAAUAAUGAUAUUCUGGUUAUUUGAAUAAAAUCAAUAUAAAAAUUUAAAAUAAA